AUGAUUUAUCAAUCACUUACCAAGAAAUUACCAAAUUUAAGUUCGAAUGGAGAUGGCUGGGAUGGUCAAGAUGAAAUAUUGGCAAGUUAUGGCGGCAAAAUUGCCCCCCGCACCACCGACGGCAAGCUCCGUUACGUUGGCGGAUACACUCGGGUCCUCUCCGUUAAUCGUUCUCUCACAUUUGCAGAUUUGAUGGUGAAAUUUGAGGAAUGUUGUGGUUCGUCGAUGAAUUUGAAGUGUAAGUUACCGAGCGAAGAUUUGGAUGUGUUGGUUUCAAUCAAAUCCGACGAGGACAUUAAGAAUGUGAUUGAAGAAUACAAUAGAGUUUCGCCGGGAACAAAAAUUAGAGCCUUGCUUUUCCCGAUGAACUCGAAGAAAAUCUCUCCUCCGUCUUCUCCUGUUUCGUCUUUUGAUUUCCCGUCCGUUCUGAAACCGCGCAAAGCAGUUCCUGCCACCGCGUCUUGCUAUUACGGACCUCCGCCUUGUGCCACGGCCGCAGUUGGAUACCCUAUGACCGUUGGAAAACACCAUUGCUAUAAAGGAAGGAGCCAUAGGCAGAAUUUGUACCAUGUCCCUCACUGGAAUUAUUGUCAUUCUCAUUAG